GUAAUUAUCGACGAAGCUGCUAAUAAUCAGAAAUCACAUCAGAACAUGGAGAGUUUGAAAACACUGGUACUGAUAGUAUACACCAUGGUUUGUUUGGACAUGAGUUGGGGACGAAGUAAUUCAGGAUGCAUCGAGAGAUCUCUUGUUGGUGAGAAUCGUUUAAUCAUUCCUAACAGUAGCUACACAGCCUCUUCGUUCUUAUAUGACAGUAGGCAGCUUAGAGAUCGAGUGACUGGAAAACUAUACUGGGACAAGCGAUACGUAUCACACGGUGCAAAGCUUUACAGCCCAUUUGGAUGGUCACCACGUGAUAAUAAUAACCCUGAGGAUUACUUACAGCUGGACCUUGGAGCUGUACGAGCCAUCAUUGCUGUAGCAAUACAAGGAAAUGGCAAACGUAGAUCAUAUGAAUGGAUAAAAACAUUCAAACUUCGAUUUAAACAAGACACAAAUUCAACUAAAUGGAUUGACUAUGGAGACAUCUUACAAAAUUGUUACACGUGUGAUAAAAAUUCUUACUGGGACCGAGGCUGUUGGUGUACCAAUAAAGACAAAACGAGGGAAACUGCUAACAUUGUAGUUCGUCAUGAAUUGAAUAAAACCCAUGCAGCACGAUACAUAAGAUUCGUUCCUGUUAAGUAUCACACGUGUAAGACGAUGAGAGUCAACGUGUAUUUCGUCAAUCAAGAAGCACCACGUGUUAACGCCACACCCUCUGAACGAUCAAUAUUUGUACGAUGGACWAUUCAGCCAUGUGGUAAACUAACUCAUCUUAUAACUGGCUACCUUGUGCACGUAAGCACUAAGGGAAAAUUUAAUGUUAGUUCAACAACUACAAGUAAAAACAUCACAGGGCUUCAGCCAUACACUGAAUAUAAAAUACGAGUCAAGGCUGUCCCGUAUGGAUUAUGGAGCGAUAACAAGACCAUCCAGACUGACAUAGCAGGUUUGUUAACUUGAAAGUGAGCUAUUUGGUAUAACAUUUUGUAUCUAUAUCU